GGAUCUGGAAAUGCAUUCACUUGUUCGAUAUUGGGUUUUUGGAGUCCAAACUCACCUAUUGAAAUUCCUGUUGAAAUCACUGCUAUGGUAUGUUGUUUUUAACUCGGAAAGCAAGAAAGUGGACGAAGAACAGGUGUUGGUUUUUGACUUGGAAACAGUCAAAUAAUUAAGUCACCCCUUAGCAGGCAACCCCAGUUUUUUCACCCCAUUGGACAUUCCUACAAAGCCCCAUUUACUUUUGUUUAUUUAAAACUAUAAUAACCCACACCAGACUUCACUCCAAAAGACGACCUAAUCAGACGUGCAAACAUAUCUCAGAGUAAACGUUUCUUCAACUGUUUGCAAACUCUCCCCCCGCUUUCUCUCCGCUCAUCAAGCAUUUUCCGUCUAUCUUCUCUUCUAUUGUCUUCCUCCCCAUAUAAAAAUCCCUCCUUCUUGAUCACUCAAACACUCACUCAACUCCAAGAGAAAAACUUUCAAAAACCCAUCUCUUAUAUGGCUCUUGAAAUGUUGAAUUCCCCUACUUCAGCUCCUCCACUGCUCCACCAUGACGAUAUAGACCUCCACUCUACUGAGCCAUGGACGAAAAGGAAAAGAACAAAACGACCCAGAAUCGAAAACCCACCAACAGAAGAAGAAUACUUAGCUCUUUGCCUUCUCAUGCUGGCUCAGGGAACCACUACCAGAACCAGCCCCUCAGCUGCAGCCAAAAACACCCUCAACAAUUACAAGUGUACAGUUUGUAACAAAGCAUUUCCAUCUUAUCAAGCUUUAGGAGGACACAAGGCCAGUCACAGGAAACUUGGUGGAGCUGAUGAACACCCCACCACCACCACCACCACCGCCGCAGUCUCCGCCCCCACUACAACCACAGCCACGGUGGCUACAAAUUCACCUCCCAUGAACCAAGGUGGCAAGACUCACACGUGUUCCAUUUGUUUCAAGACAUUUUCUUCGGGUCAAGCCUUAGGAGGCCAUAAGCGAUGCCACUACGAAGCUGGUAGCAAUAUUAACAGUAACAGCGGUGAAGGUGUUAAAUCGUCCAGCCAAAGUCAACGUGACUUUGACUUGAAUGUGCCUGCUGGACCAGAGGAUCCAAGUAUUGACGUUGACCAAAAAGAUAAACUUUCCGGCGACGAGGAAGAGGUGGAGAGUCCUUCGCCUCCGGCGAAACGCGGCAGCUACCACGUCUGUUGAAUGUCACUGGUAAAGAUUAGAUUUAGUUUAGGCGAAUGAGUGGAGUGGACUUUGCUGUUUCUUAUUGAAUUCUUCUUUUUUUUUGGCAUGAUCAUCGUUAUAAUAAUAUUUUUUUGUCCUUUUGGGCUGGGACAAUGUUGCUUAACUGUUGUAGUAUUGUUUAUGUACAUUCGCUUGGUGUAAGUAAGAUUAGCAAAAUUCUUUUAACGGAA